AUGCGGCGGUGCAUAUCUUCCUUGCGUUUGGUACUCCAACAACAAUAUGAUUCUCGCACUUCUGCAAGAAGACAUAGGGGAAAGAAAAGAAAUGAAAGUUCCACUGUUCGUUCUCCCGCACGCGAUGAUGUUGGAAUGACCAUUCCAGAGUCCCGUCUGCGCCGCAACGGGGUAUCACUUGAUGUCUUUGAUCGCUCUAUCGAAGAGAGAUCACGUGAUAUUCUUGGUCUAGACGAAGAUGCGACGAAUCAGAGAAGAACAUAUGGGGCAGACUUUGACCGCCGUGAAGUUCGUUUUCAAGGAUCUAGCAAUGAUCUUCGUCAAUUUGCUGAAAUGGCAGCAAGAGCUGAAGCCACUAAAAAGUGGAAUGACUCAUUACAAAGACAACAAGAUGGGGAAUGUAAGGAAUUUCUCCCUCUGAAUGCUGUUGCAUACGUACGACAACCUAAAGAAGAGAUCCAGAAAGAAGAUGGUGCUCCUGACGAGACAAAGAAAUCUGUCAAGAGUGGAAGUAGUGCAUUGCUGCAUCGUGCAUUGCGGCAUCACUCUGGAGAGGCAUUUUCAAUGCCCUCUUCUAUCUUGGAAAAGGAUAUUUCUUCUGUUACUACUAUUGAUAAAAAUGGUGGUAGGACUUCUCUUGGAACAGCGGUAAAUGAUAGUACAACUAUCCAUCAGAUAUCAGAAAGUAAACGGCGUGCUGAACGUCGUAGACGACGAUUAGAACGUGUAUUAGGAUCUGAAGGAAAUCUACACCCAUGUGUACAUCAGGGCGGCUGUGCUGUGCAUGCUGGUGCCACCACGUUGUGCCCAUUUGUGAUGUAUCCAUCAACGGUGUGUGUGAUGUGGUUGAGAGAUGGUCGCUGUGAUGAUGCCGUGAGUGGUUGUUGCCCGUGGUGGCAUGGUAAUCUAGCGGGUACGGCGAGGACAGAGAUAAGUGCCCAUUGUCUUUUUCAUACCGCGGAGGAUAACCCUGAUUUGGGUGGGAAACAAGAACAAUUGCUGUUGGUACAAGAGAGUUGUACAUGGAUGGGUACACUUUUGCAAAUGUUUUGGGAUCUUUUGACAGUAGAUGUAGCAGAGGAGAUUCAACGGAAGUUAAGCGGAAAAGAAUUGUCGGUAGAAGAGUUGCAGCAAUAUCUUGAGCAAGUACUCUCUGAUGGGAUGGGUGCUGUUGAUCUUGCAGUAAACUUUGAAUCUUCUCGAGGUAUUCUUACAGUGGAGCGAGAAUUGGGUUUGAGUGGACUAAUGGCAGUAGAAAAUAUAAAUAACGAAGAGGAAGAGACGUUUGAUGAGAUGUUCACACGUCAGUUAACAUCUAUGCAAAACAGUCAUACGCAACUCUUGGAAGGAGAGAUGGAAGAAGUAGAAAAGAAACAACAACAACAACAAGGAGAGGAACAUCAGAUAUUACAUGAUUCUAGUGAACAGCGUCUUCGUCGGGUACUUUCUAUUUUUCGUGGUUAUAUUACUGAAUGCGAUGAUAAUAAUAAUAGAUCGGGGUCACGUAUCGCUCUCUGUACACCAUUGACUAAGUGGAUCUUGUGUCGUGCGGCUCAGCACUAUUAUGAUACACACCACAAGAAAAAAAUUGUAGAAUCAACACCGCAAGAACUUUUUGAGGAAGCAUCUACUGUUCUACUUCAACAUCGUCUUGAGAUGUUCGAUAUCUUUAGUGAGGGGAAUGACCUUUCAAAGAACUCUCAUCAAUGGUCGGCAAUAUUAUUAUUACAGCAAGCCACUCUUCUUGCACGUAUUCCGGCAUCAAAUAGGGUUUCCCCAAUUACAGGAGCAACUAUUCAAAGAUCUCUUUUAUAUAAAUUACUUCUACUGGCUCAUACGAAAGGUAAUAAUACUCUUUGGCCAGGUGAUACAGUACAUACACAGUAUAUAAAUUGCUGGGUAUUUCUCCAGUCUUUCCUUUCUACUAUUUCUCUGCGUAUUCUUCGUCAGAGUACAUCUCUCUUUGCUUUUGCUCGCUCUGCGAUAAUAGGUAUAACACGGCAGUUAGCCCAGGAUGUGGAAGAGGACUUUUCACAUCCGCUACUGCGCGCGAAUGGAUGGUUAGCAUGGACAGAUGCGCAAAUGUUUGCACCACAUCAAAUGGAAAACUACACUGCAAUCGGUUAUGCACAACAUCAUCUUCCUGUUAUUAGGCAUUCAUUUGUGGUAUCAGCACUAAAUGUGUUUCUCCUACAUAUUGGUAGAGAAGCCAGUAAUACAUAUCAACUACAUUGGAGUCCACUUAAAGCUGUACUUUUUAGUAGAGGUGGAGAUGUAGAUUCACCUCUAGAAUCUCUUGAACGAGAGCGACGUCUUUACAUUAGCAGUAGCGUCACCAGCCGUAAUAAUGCUAGUAAGAGAGGGAUUAGGCUACGCCAGAGUAUACGUCCAUAUGCACAAGAAGCGUUAGCAAUUUUCUCAGCCCUGCAGGAUGAAAGUAAUACGGUGGAAACACGACGACAACUACUAAUGGAGGAAUUCAUGAUGCAUCGCAUGGAGUACCAGGAACGUACAGAGAGUGAUAUAGCCCGUCGCAGGAAUAAAUCCAUUACCAACACCAACACUACUACUACUACUAACAAAGGCAACAGGAACUCUACGUGGGCGUCAAGGAAAAACAGGAGGAAUCACCACAAAAAUGAUGAGAGUAAUGGUGUGGAAUGUGUUGAUCAUUUACCGCCGCACGGUUCUGUGAUGGUCGCCGCAGAUGCCGUUGGACAUUUAUUGCGCCUGCUGCUUGAGGGUGGGUGGGCGUACAAGUCCCUACGUCUUGCCGCCACCGCCCUUUACACCGCCCAAAAGCCUCAUGAAAAGAACGAAAAGAGAGAAAAAGAAGAAAAGGAGGAAAUGAAAGAGAAAAAGAGAGGAACGGGGGAAUUGUGGUUGCAACUCGAUGGAGUCGCCAUCGCGGCAGUCGCUGCAGUCGCCAUGCGGCUCCCGGCGGGCGGUCGUCUCGUGCGGACUGUCAUCGGCGGCCGGCCGCUGCGGGACUCAACGGCCCGUCGGUGCCUCCCCGUCCCCAAUCGUGCAGAUGUACACCCGCAGAACGGCACCAUCGCCGCAGCAAGCGGGGCUCGUAUCCUUCGUGCUAUCCUCGCCCUUCUUAGUGAUGAUAAUAAUAACAGUGGAAAUGGUAAAAACAGUAACAGUGACAGAAAUAACAAUCAUACACAGCCUAUUGGAGUCACAGCACGGGUGAUGGAAGUUGUUGUUACACAAACACCAAACAGUGACCGCGAGGCACAUAGUAACUAUGAACGAAUAGCUGGUAUGGACCCGCGAACGCGCGUAAAUGACAGUGUUUUACUUGCACAGCAAUAUCAUUGGGGUCGACAUCACUUUGCACGAGCUAAUGGUGUGGCGGCUGCAGUGUGGAUGGACUUUGUACAGUCUAAUAUAACACCCUUAUCAGGUCCCACUGCUUUAGCGCUACACAAGGAAAUGGAACAGCUCCCCAGUCUUAUUGAAGAACAUGGAUUCACAUUGCAACCUCAGUGGAAGCACAAAUAUCAGCAGCAAAUAUCGCAAUCAAUUCGUACCAUUGAGGAACUACGGACUCAUCUGCAGCAACAAGACCAGCACUCCAGCGAGCACGCCACACCAACUAAUGCAUCUUAUCAACAGCGUGGGUAUAUGUGGUAUGUGUCGCGGGUGUUAGCAACACAUGUUACAGAUAGUAAUUCGCUACAUCGAAUGCGGUGGGCUGUCGUGAGUGGUGUCCUCCUCGCUAUUAACGACGAUAAGCUUACAGGUGUACAGCGAUCUUGGUCACGGUUACUACUGCGUAAUGCAUUUAUUCUAGCCCAUGAAGCUACGACACAGCAAGAACGUUCACGCCUUACAGAAGCAACAGUAAGACUUUUUCUUAUUUCAGAUUUUUUUGACCCUGAGUCUACAGCUACUAACGCACCAGAACGACUGCCGUGGAGUUCAGCCGUUGUUCGAGACCUACCACAGUUCAUUUCGGCCCAAAUACAAUUGGCACAAAAACUGACCGAAAAGAUAGUAGACACUCAUGGAGCAUUGCCACCUCAAUAUGAUUGUCACCUGCUUUCACAGUUCAAAACAGUUGCAGAACUUAAUAAUAACGAUGACAGUCAUACUGUCACCUGGCAAUUGUUAGAGCCUUUUAUACAACAUCCAGAAUUAGCAUUACAUUGGCUCAAUAUAUCCUUCUUUCGUGUACCACACGAUUUAAUUGCGUGGAUCAUCGCACGACUCAACAAGAAUGAUGCUCACUCCAUUCAAUGCCUUGCGGUUUGGGUAACAUUUUUGUACCAAAAUGGCGCAACAACAAGUGAAUUCCAUGCCGCUGCAAUGCGAUUAGUUGGAAAACGAUGUACUCCACAACAAGUACAAAAAAUACACGAUUUCCUACACGCAAAUACACAUAAAGACAGUGACAAAAGUGUGAGGCCCAACUAG